AUGGAUUUACAUGAGCGGCAGGAGAGAGGAGCUGAAAGACUAACACUCGGAGUGGAGAUGACGUCAGACGCCGAGCUCGGUUCACACGCUGAAUCUUUGCUUGGCUCCGAUGCUGAAUAUGCACAAUCUGUGGAUUUAGAAAUAAAGGCAGAUGCCGAUUUAACCCCACAUUCUAGUUGCAGUAAAAUAUGUUUACCUGGGUACAGAAAGUCACCAAGAAAAGGUGCAAAAUCCUGCUGCUAUGAUUGUAUUGCAUGCCCGGAGGGUGAGAUAUCAAACCAAACAGAUAUGGAAUCAUGUACCAAAUGUCCAGAAAGUCAGUGGCCUAACACAAACAGAGACAAGUGCAUUUAUAAAGUCAUAAAUUAUCUGUCUUAUGAAGAACCACUGGGAAUGCUCCUAGCAUCAAUAUCUGUUCUGUUUGCUCUUUUUACUUCUUGGAUAACUAUAAUUUUUACUAAAUACAGAACCACACCAAUUGUGAAAGCCAAUAACCGAGAUCUUACUUACAUACUGCUCUUCUCUCUGAAGAUGUGCUUCCUCUGUAAUUUAAUAUUUAUUGGUCAUCCACUUCAUAUUACCUGUAUUCUAAGACAAACAGUUUUUGGAGUUACCUUUUCUAUCUCUGUCUCUGCCAUCCUAGCUAAAACUUUGACUGUCGUCAUUGCAUUUAAUGCCACCAAACCUGGGAGCAAAUUAAAGAACUGGAUGGGAGCCACUGUAUCUAACUCAGUAGUGAUUGUCAGCUCUAUGAUUCAAGUUAUAAUUUGUGCAUGUUGGUUGGCAAUUAAGCCUCCAUUUCCAUACUAUAACAUGAAAGAUGAGAUAGGAAAGAUAGUAGCUCAAUGUGAUGAAGGUUCUAUCAUUGGAUUUUACUGCAUUCUGGGAUAUAUGGGAUUUUUGGCACUUGCAAGUUUCACAAUUGCUUUCUUUGCUAGGGAGCUGCCUGACAUUUUCAAUGAAGCUAAAUUUAUCUCAUUCAGCAUGUUGGUGUUUUGUAGUGUCUGGAUAUCAUUUAUUCCAGCAUACCUGAGCACCAAAGGGAAAUAUGUUGUAGCAGUAGAAAUAUUUUCUAUACUGGCUUCUAGUACUGGAAUUCUGGGUUGCAUAUUUGUGCCCAAGUUAUAUAUAAUUCUUAUCAGACCUGAAAGAAACACUAAAUUGUUUAUAACAAGAAAGGAUGCCAUUGAUGAGGUCAUAGGUGACGUCACUAGUUAUGUUGAUGAUGUCAUCAACAAUGUCAUGUGUGAUGUAAUCAGUCAUGUAAUUGAUGAUAUCAUGUAA